AUGGAGGUGAACCAUGCUCAAACCCCACUUGGUGUACGUACGAGGUCCAUGACUCUGGAACUCAAGCGUUUACAGAAGUUACCUGCUUCACCAUCAGCUGCAUCUGCAGCCAUUGGAGAUGGUGGAUCCUAUCUGCAACUGAGGAGCCGUAGGGUGGAAAGGCUCUCACCAUUUGCUGCUAAAGCGAAAACCCGAAAGAUUCUCAAGGGUUCGACUUCAAAGAGCCAGGGAACGGGGCCAGCCAGUGGGAAUCAAGAAAGCAAGAAAGACAAGGGGAUGGGUCCAAUGCUGGAGGAGAAUGAAAAUGAGGAGAAAAAAAAUAACCCUGAUGAUUUGAAGGUUAUGGUGUCCUCCUGGGAACAGAAUAACUUGGAGGCUGAAAGUGCUGAAAGGUACAACUUCGACUUCGACAAGGAAGAGCCGCUACCUGGCCGUUAUGAGUGGGAGAAAUUGAUGCCCUAG